AUGUUAGACACAAACCUUUUGAAGAAUGACCUAGAAGCAAUUUGCUGUGGUCUUGGAAUCUUAACUGAAGGAACUAAGGCUAACCUAAUACAAAAAAUAAGGGAGUUUUCCUAUAAACGUGCUGAGAAACAAAAAAAGACAUUCUAUGAAGAUACCGUGUCAAUAUGUUCAGAAUACCCAACUGAAGAAAAUGAGGUACACGAACUUGAUCCCAAAAUAGAAACGCUAAGAGAAAUGGUUCAAAAAUCAAAAGAGAAAACCAAGAUCUUACUAUCAAGAAUAGAUACCCAAGAUGAAGAAGGGCAAAGUUCCCAACACCAAAUGAUAGAGGAUACGUACGAAAUGCCAAGAAAAUCAAACAAAUGCCGAUAUCAAAAUGACGAUAACAAUGAAGGCCCAGGUGCCUUAGAACACAAGAUGCUAUUAGAGUUUAAAAAAUUGGAGACUGCAAUUCUAGGAUUUAAUGAUAG